GUGGAUGCCAAAGACGACAGUGGAUUAACGGCGUUGUUUGAUGCCAUUCAGAAGAGACACAAAGACAUUGUGCAAAUUCUUGUGGAUCAGUGUGCCGAUGUCAACUUGAAAACUAAAUCUGGACGGACACCGCUUCAUUUUGCUACGCAACUGGGAGUAGAAGAAAUUUGCAGGUUGCUACUCGAAAGAGGAGCUGACGUAGAUGCCAAAGACGACAGUGGAUUAACGGCGUUGUUUGAUGCCAUUCAGAAGAGACACAAAGACAUUGUGCAAAUCCUCGUGGAUCAGUGUGCCGAUGUCAACUUGAAAACUAAAUCUGGCCGGACACC